AUGGACGCCUUCUACAUAUACAGCGAUAGCGGCAAGAAGUUGGUGGAACAGGUGUUUGUAAAUGACGUAAAUGUUGAUUUGACUCACAAAGAAAUUAAAGGUGUAAUAUUGGGAACCACUGUAGUGGACAGCUCGAAUUGCGCUGUAAUCAGCUGUAGUGAUGAUGAGAGUAUAAUUCGAAGGGCUUUUGAUGGAAAAUUUAUUUUCGUGAUUAAGAAGGAUACUGUGUUCUUUAUCAUUUUAAAGAAGGAUGAGGACAAUCCAGUGAUGACAAUUGAAGUGAUUCAUGAGAUCAUGGAACUUUUUAAAAAAUAUUUUAAAAUAGAAAAGUUAUGCCCCAAUAUAAUAACGAAUAAUUAUUCUGUUGUGAUGUUUCUUAUAAAUGAAAUAUUAGCACAAGGAGGAAAGCCAAAUGUGCUUGUUGAUGAAAUUUUGAAACAAAUGGUGGACAGUGAUUCUGGUCUGUUGAAUGAAACAUUGAAGUACACACCAGUUGCGAACAAUAUUUCCAAUUUGCUUUCACUAAAGAAUACUAUCACAGGAGCGACUGUGUCUAAUGGUGCUAUUAUUAACCACACCUACAGCAACGGAACAGCAAUUCACUGCCGGGAUAACAGAAAUGUCUUUUGGAGAGCAAAUAAUGUUUGCAAUUUGCAUAACCACAUGUGUGUAGAAAUAAGAGAGAAUGUAAAUUGCGUGUUGACUAAGAAGAACAGAAUCGUUUACUUUGCAAUUCAGGGGAACGUUCAUGUGCAUUGCUCAGUUAAUGGUUCUCCAUUAGUUAGAAUGUCCUUUAACAGAAAAAUAAAACUUCGUUCGACCCACCUCCAUUACACUGCUAAUUAUAACAUGAUGGUUAAAAAGACGCUACUUAAUCAGAACAAGGAAAAGAAUGCUUUCUAUUUUGUACCGUUGAAUGAGCGCUAUAUCGUUAUGCAGUACCUUUAUUAUUUCCCCUUGAGACAUAAGAGCAGAAGAGUACAAUCUAGAAGUGCACUCAGUGCUGUAUCGACCGCUCCGGAGCUAACCAAUGUGCUGUUUUUAACAAAUGCCCACUCCACAAAGAGUGCUCCGGCCACAAUGGAUAACCACAUGGAAGAACGAAACAGGGAGGUGGAACAGGAAAAUGGCGAAGUAGCUCAAGAGGAUGAUAAAAGGGAAGACGAACGAGAAUAUGAAACGCUAGAACUUUCCACACCAGAAAUACUGUUUAAGAAUUAUGUGGAGGAACACUGUAGACCACUUGAGGAAAGACCAACUGAAGAAAGAGCAACUGAAGAAAGAGCAGUUGAACAAAGAGCAGUUGAACAAAGUGCAGUUGAACAAAGAGCAGUUGAACAAAGAGCAGUUGAACAAAGAGCAGUUGAACAAAGAGCAGUUGAACAAAGUGCAGUUGAACAAAGAGCAGUUGAACAAAGAGCAGUUGAAGACAGACCAAUUCGAGAAGAGCCUGCACAAACAAGUAAUAACAAUGUGGUCAGAUUUGAACCUACCGCCAACACUGUCCAUAUGGUAGAGAAUCAAAAUAGAAAUGGCCUGCCGAAUAGACAGCAAAGACGAUCGAGAGUAAUGCGACAUACGUUGCCCUGUGUACGACAUAAUGAGCAGCAGUUAUUACCAAUAAAGGUUAAGGGAGUUGUUAGUUAUAUACCUAAUGAGUACAAGUACAAGAUCAAGGUACAACUAAUUUUGAAUGAUAUAAAAAGAGGCAAUGGUAGAGAUAUGAAGAUAAAUGGAUAUGAAAAUAUUUCUGUUAAAAUCCCAGUGUAUAAUUUCAUAAGAUAUCUUAAUGUAGUUUGUACAGUUGGAAACAUAGGUUACACUGAGGACAUGAAUUCUAUUAUGUGGUGCAUCGAUAGAGUAGAAAAUUCUGAAAUUGAUUUAUCGGCUGAGGUGACUUUGUUCAUAAAACCCAAUCCUGAUGGAGCAUAUCGUAGUCACAUGUAUUAUUACGAGAAGUUUAUAAGAUACAAUAAUAAUGAGCGCAUCAAUGGCCUUCCGGAUACCUCCAAAAAGAAUGGCAUUGGCAAUUGCUGCUACCAUGGGCACACUGCCAGAGAUUGCAAUAUCCUGAGAAGCACAAAUAAUGCCUGUAGUGUUGUAAACCCAGUACGUAUUUUUCCUACCCGUUCGUCUAAGUGGUCCAAUAUACAAGCGUGCGCUUAUCCUGACUUCUCUUUUCCAGUGUAUGUCUCUUUUACCGUUAUUGGGGUAACGGCUUCGGGAAAGCGUAUUGAAAGAGUCGAGGUGAAGAGACCCAAAAAUACUAGCGUGCGCACAGUGUACAGAUACUGCACCACCUACAGUCAUGUGGAGUUUAGAAUAUAA